GGGAGGGAGGGAGGGAGGGAGGGACAGAUCUCAAUUUUUUUUAAUUUUUUUUUUACCUGCCGCGCCUCACGCAACCUACUGAACGAUGGAGAAAAUUGCGGCGGCGGCAAGGCGGUAUGGUGUGGUGGCGGGGUAUGGUGGCUGGCUGUGGCGGCUAGGCUACAAGAAGAAGAAGAAGAAGAAGAAGAAGAAGAAGAAGAAGAUGGACGGAAGAGGAGGACGAGGAGAGAAGAGGGAGCAGCACGACGAUGGACGACGGGGGGCGAUGACGGGUCACGGCGAUGGCGAUGGCGAUGGCGAUGGCGACGGGCUACGGGCGACGGCUGUCCCAGGCAAUGGCGACGACUCGCAGCUGCUUCGACGAAGGACGGACGCAAUAGCGAAGGCAGGCGGCUGGAUGAGGGGCCCCAAAAGGCGAGGGUUCCUUCUCAGAAGCUCAAUGUCGUAUGAGAUGUCAAGCGCUGGUCGAUUGAAGCUAAAAGGGAUGGCCCUAGCAGUUGAGGGAGGCAUGAAGAAGAAGAAGAAGAAGAAAAAGAAGCAGCAACAGCAGCAGGCCCUCUUUGAAGCUGGAGAGGGAGGCAGUGGCGGUAGCGAUUCUUCGAAAGCUGUCUCCGGAGGCGAACUGGUGGUUGUAAAGGAGGAUGCAAAAGAAAUCAGCAACACUGGACAAGAUGGCGCGUUUGAGGGAAGUGGUAGUGGCAAUCAGCAGGCAGAGGUCUUGGAUCUCCGGACGCCUGCUGAGAAACGAUACCAUGAACAACUGGACAGGAUGGAGACAAAAAGGGUCGGUAAGCUGGCAACGAAGUCACACCGGCAGAAGAUAGAGGAAUUCAACCAGUAUCUCGCAAAUCUUAGUGAGCAUUAUGACAUUCCCAAGGUCGGGCCAGGAUAAGAGCUCUACCCUUGUGUGCCUGUGCCGGCUGCUGCUCCUGUUUGUUCCGGUGUGCUUGUGUGCAUGUGUGUGUGUGUGUGUGUGUGUGUGUGUGUGUGUGUGUGUGUGUGUGUGUGUGUGUGUGUGAGAGAGAGAGAGUGUGNUGUGUGUGUGUGUGUGUGUGUGUGUGUGUGUGUGUGUGUGUGUGUGUGUGUGAGAGAGAGAGAGAGAGAGAGAGAGAGAGAGAGAGAGAGAGAUUCUGGUGUAUGCACACACACACUGGACCAGCGAUGUGUUGCCGAGAAAGGACAAGGCAGACUGCAGAUUUUGUGUUGCUUCUUGUGAUAGAGAGAUAUGCAGUAUGCUGUGUCAUUGUGAGGUGUAAUGGUGCCCACGCAUAGUUGUGGUUUUAGACUUCAGUUAAGGUAGUGGAAGGUUAGGUAUUCGUUUGAAGAUCAGGGACUGUGUAAUCUUUGAAGUAGACUAGAAUCCAGAGAAGGCAUGUGGCGUUCGUUAUGAUCUGAAACAAGGUUGUACCAGACUCUGUGACCGGGGUGCCAUCACCGUGAACUCUCAGAGGACUGCGAAGUCUGUUCAAUUAUGUCCUGACAGCAGCUGUUGUCCUUGUCCUUGUCAUUGUGACUCUGCACAAUUCUGGCUGUUCUCGACUAAAUGAUUGAAAAUCGUCAAUCCUUCAAUCCCUUUCCGUACUCAGCUGCAGUCCUGGACUCAGGAGAAUCAACCUCCUGUCCGCCCCUCCAUUUUGCUUCUUGUCCCCCUUUUUCUUGGCGUGUUAUGACUAUCGCCUUCUGUCCAUGGUUCAGAAAUAGGUAAAGAGAGUAGCCCCUGUUUAACAAGUAUGUGAAUGGUGAUGUCCCAGAUCAGGGUUAGCUGGACUGAAAAAUGCGGAAAUGGUUUUGCCAAAUGUGGUGUAUAGUCUUGGACUUGACAGUGUCCUGCUGAUCUGGCCACUGCUUGUGACCCCUAAACUGAACACAGUCAGCUCAUCCGGACAGAGAUUAGCUACAAACGUAGUACUUUGGUGCGUGGAAGCUGUGAUUGAUUGGCCUCAUCAGCUGAAAAGUGUGUCAUUUAAUCAAAUUUGCCCGUUGGA